AUGGCCUUCCUUCCGGCUGCAGUGGCCGUAGCUCUCUGGGUUCACGGCGGAGCCGCCCAUUCUGACCCUUGGCUGUUGUCAACAGAUCAGUUCCAGGGAAAUCAUUAUCAAAGGUCUCCCUAUGUCGCCAACGGAUAUUUUGGUCAGCGGUUGCCGGCCGAGGGGGUUGGAUACUGGAUAUAUCGUAAUGAAUCUACCGGCGAGAAUCUACUCAACUCGUGGCCGCUGGACCAGCCAAGGGCUACAUUUGGAACUAUUUCCGGAUUCUGGGACGUCCAGCAGAACAUCACGCACACUAUUGUGCCCGAUAACUUGAAACGAGGAGGUGAAUCCGUAAUUAGUGGAAUUCCUGACUGGACAGGGCUUAUAGUUACCACGGAGAGCGGCGAGACGUACAAGCCCGGCGUCGACGCUUCGACUGUCACGGAUUUCCACCAGUCGUUAUCAGUACGCGAUGGAAUCGUUCAAACCAAUGUAACAUGGAGCCCUCUCAACGAAAACAUCAGGUAUCAGCUCAACUACACGGUCCUUGCCCACCGAGCCAGACUCAACUUGGGCAUCGUUCGCCUAGAUCUCUCCGCCGACCAAGAUGUGAGUAUCAAAAUCACGGACGUGUUGGAUGGAGCUGGAGCCGUACGGGCCGAUUUCCACGACAAGUGGCUGGAGUCAGACUCAACAAUUUGCACGAGCGUGAAGCCGUCUGGAAUCGAAUAUCUCACUGCAUACGUGGUCUCCACGAUCAAGUUCGAGACCAACAGCAAGACUGGUCCGGAGGACUUGAGGGGGGCAUCCAAGACUAGGAGGAAUGGCAGGGGUUAUCCCUGGAUCUCCACCAACAGUAGCACCGUCUCGCAAGUUUGGGACUGGGGUCUGAAGCGGGGAGAUGCCCUAACAAUUUACAAGUUUGUGGGCAUAGCAUCCAAUAACUCGCUGGCGGCUGCGAGGGAUGCGUCGAUCCUGGCAGGAUCGACGGCGUGGGACGAUCUGAUAUUCGAACACAGGCAGAAAUGGGAUGCCAUUUGGAGUGAUGCCGAUAUUGUUAUUCCAGGCGACCAAGACCUGCAGCGCCGCACACGCGCCUCGCUAUUCCAUAUCCUCACCAAUCUGCUUCCAGAGGACACUGGCCUUGCUGACAACUCAAUCUCUGUUGGUGGCUUGUCCAGCGAUUCUUACGCCGGGCUAAUAUUUUGGGAUGCGGACCUCUGGGUAUAUCCGUCGAUUCUUUCUUUGCACCCCCAGUAUGCCGCGGGCAUCAACAACUACCGUGGACGGCUUUUGAGCCAGGCCGUACAAAAUGCUCAAUAUUAUAACUUCUCUGGGGCUCUUUAUCCGUGGACAAGUGGCCGAUUCGGCAACUGUACAGGCACCGGGGUAUGCAAAGGCUAUCAGUAUCACAUCAACAGCGAUAUUGCCUUGGCCCAUUGGCAAUAUUAUCAGCAAACCAACGACCUGGGAUGGCUUGCAGAGAAAGGAUGGCCGGUGAUAAAAAUGGCAGCCGAUAUGUUUGCUGCAUAUGUGGUUCGCAAUUCCUCUACUGGAAAAUACGAGACCAUUCAACUGGGGGAACCGGACGAAUUUGCCUACAAUAUCAACAAUGGUGCCUUUACCAACGUCGGGAUCAAGCAGCUGCUCGGCAACUGGGCUCCUUCAGCCGCCCGGCAACUGAAUCUCAAAGUUCCGAAGAACUGGUCUCAUAUUGCAGAGAAUAUGUACAUCCCGUAUGAUGAGCAAGAAAAGAUCAUCAUUGAAUUCGACGGCUUGGAUGGGACGUGGAUGACCAAACAGGCGAGCACAGGCUUGAUCCAUUAUCCCCUGCAGUUUCAGUUCAGCGACGAACAGGCACGGAAUGAUGUUGCAUAUUAUUCUUCCGUCAACACUGCAGAUGGCCCUGCAAUGACGUGGUCGAUAUACGCAAUAUCCGAAGCUCAGCUAGAGCAGAAAGGCUGUGCGGCUUAUACAUAUCUCCAGCGGUCGUCAGAAUCGUACAUUCGCAAGCCAUACUACCAAUUCAGUGAAGCGCAGCUAGACACUCAACCGCCAGGGGUCGAAAACCCAGCGUUCAUAUUCGGACUCAAUCCGGCAUUUCCGUUUCUUACGGGUGCCGGUGGUUUCUUGCAAGUUUUAACUCACGGACUCACUGGAAUGCGGCCAAAUGCAGACGCGUUCUAUCUCGACCCAGUGUUGCCGCCACAGCUGCCUGACGGAAUUGAGAUCAAAGGGAUGAAAUGGCAGAACGCGAGUUUUGAUGUGCUGAUUGCAAUGGAUUACACUACAGUCACCCGGCGACGGACAUCUUCAAAUGGGAAGCAACGUGUGACCUUGGAGAUACUGGGUGGGAACUCAGGGGCAAAGGAAUAUCGACUCAGCGAAGGAGAGUCCAUUGUUGUACCUACAAGACGACCGGACAUCAGCUACAGUCCGCAAGAUUUGGCCUUGUGCCGGCCAGUUGUGUCUGACACGGAAUGGGUCGCUGGGAGUUAUCCUUACGCCAUGGUUGAUGGGUCUAACUCGACAGCAUGGCAGCCUGCCACUCCCCAAGAUGCCUCCGUCAUCAUUGAUAUCGGGAAGCUGCAAGCAGUCUCGAGGGUCUUGCUAGUUUGGGGCGGUGUGCCACCUUGUCAGUUCAGCCUGUCCGGGAGUGAAGAAUCGAAUAAGGACUUUGAGGAGCUGUCUCCGACACAGAAGGUGGAGAUAUCGGCACCUUACGAUGCUCAAUAUGCCCGAGUUGUUCGAAUCAGAGAGGGAAACGCAACGGCUGUUGAGUUCCGCAAUUCUGUGCAGCUUCGAUUCUUGAAGCUGACGAUUGCUGGAUCUUAUGCCUCGGAUGGGCUAGGAGCAACUGUGGCUGAAGUACAAAUCAUAAAGGAAGACCAAAGGCCUGUUUAUGGGACGAAUACAGGAGACUUUGUUUCUUUUGUCGCUGAUGGUCUAUGGAGGAUAUUUUCUGCUGCUAUAUCGUGGUCUAGCUAG